AUGGUGCAAGGCUCGCGGGCAGCCCAGGGGCUCGCACCCGCGCUGAGCCGCGUGCCCGCCGAGAUCCUCGCAGCCUGCCCCGCCAGCGCGCGCUUGCUCUCCUCGGCAACGAGCUCGCGCGCUGGCAGCGCGAGCCUCCUCAAGACCGCGGCACGCCUCGGGGCAUCGUGUGCUCGGCCACGGGCGCCGUGCUCGGCGCCCAGUGGGCCAGAGGCGACCCUGGGCGCGGCGCUCCAGCGGCUCAUUCGCACAGCUCCCUGGGUACCCCCGGAAUCGGCGCAUCUAGCGCGGCAUCUCCACGCGGCGGGCGCGCAACCCCUCGGCUUGCCUGCCCUCGCGUUGCGCGCGAAAGUCGGCGCUGGGAGCGGCAACACGCACCCGGCGCACGCGAGUCGGACUCAUGAGUUCGCCAGCGCGACCUCGUACGCGGAGCCUCGCGGCGCCGAGCGCCUGCGGCGCCUGAACGCCGCGGGGGAGCACAGGAAGGUCAUCAGGCAGUACGAGGAGGGCCUGGUGGAGGCCGACGACGCGGCGGUGACCGAGUACAUCAAGGCGCUGGUGUUCACGGGGCGCCUCGACGGGAGCCGCGUCGCGCGCGUCCUCGCGCGGCACGGCGGGGACGGCGUCGCCGAGCAGCUCUCCAGCGCGGCCCCGCGGCGUCCGCGCGCGCCGCUGAGCUCCGAGGCGGACUUCGGCGCGGCGCACGACGAGGACUACGGGCGCGCAGGGCCGCGCGCGUCUGGCGGGGCGCAGGCGCUGCUCCGGGAGCUGCUCGCUGACGGCACGCUGGCAAGCAGCGGGGCGGGCGCGCGCGCCGGCGCGGGGGGCGGCGGGUCCGGCACGGCGGGGACGCGCGAGAACCCCGUCGUGGUGUCCGUCGCGCAGGAGACGCGGUUCUGGCCGUGGUUCUGGAAGACCGUGCAGACUGCGAUUGGGUGGCUCUUGUUCCUGUCCUUCCUUGGGGUGGUGUUCGAACAGAGUAGCCGCGGCGGUCUGAAGGGGGUGUUGCAGCAGAAGUCGGUCACGCCGCAAGUGGAGACGUCGACGACCUUCAAGGACGUCAAGGGCGUCGACGAGGCGAAGAACGAGCUCGAGGAGAUCGUCGAGUACCUCAAGGACCCCAAGCGCUUCACCAAGCUCGGCGGGAAACUCCCCAAGGGGGUGUUGCUGGUCGGUCCCCCGGGGACGGGCAAGACGAUGCUGGCGCGCGCGAUCGCGGGCGAGGCCGGCGUGCCCUUCUUCUACGCGUCGGGCUCCGAGUUCGACGAGAUGUUCGUCGGCGUCGGCUCGCGGCGCGUGCGCGAGCUGUUCGAGGCGGCGCGCAAGCACUCGCCGUGCAUCGUCUUCCUGGACGAGAUCGACGCGAUCGGCGGGAAGCGCUCCUCGCGCGACGAGCGGUUCGCGAAGAUGACGCUGAACCAGCUGCUCGUCGAGCUGGACGGGUUCAAGGCCACGGAGGGCAUCAUUUGCAUCGCGGCCACCAACGUGCCGGACGCGCUGGACAAGGCGCUGGUGCGGCCGGGGCGGUUCGACCGGCACGUCGUGGUGCCGAACCCGGACGUGGAGGGCCGGCGGCAGAUCCUGGAGGUGCACGGCGCGAACAUCAACCUGGCGCCGGACGUGGACUGGCACGUGAUCGCGCGGGGCACGCCGGGCUUCUCCGGCGCGGAGCUGGCGAACGUGGUCAACAUCGGGGCGCUCAAGGCCGCGCGCGAGAACAAGUCCAUGGUGUCGAUGGAGGACAUCGAGUACGCCAAGGACCGGGUGAUGAUGGGCGCGGAGCGCAAGUCCGCCGUCAUCUCCGAGAAGAACCGGCGGCUGACGGCGUACCACGAGGGCGGGCACGCGCUGGUCGCGCUCUUCACGGAGGGGUCGAAGGCCAUCCACAAGGCGACGAUCGUCCCGCGCGGCAUGGCCCUGGGCAUGGUGAUGCAGCUGCCCGAGGCGGACCAGACGUCCAUCUCGCGGCGGGAGCUGCUGGCGGAGCUGGACGUGCUCAUGGGCGGGCGCGUGGCGGAGGAGCUGAUCUACGGGGACUCGGAGGUGACGACGGGCGCGUCGAACGACCUGCAGCGCGCCACGGCGCUGGCCCGGCAGAUGGUGACGCGGUACGGGUUCGGGUCCGCGGACGGAGUCGGGCAGCUGGUGGUGGACUGGGAGCGGGAGGCGGUCGGGCUGAGCCCCGAGGCGCGGGAGAAGAUCGAGAAGGACACGCGCAAGCUGCUGACCACCGCGUACGAGCGCGCGAAGCAAAUCCUGACUCAGCACCAGAAGGAGCUGCACCUGCUCGCGACGGCGCUCAUCGAGAACGAGACGCUCACGGGGAAGCAGAUCCGGGAGCUCGUGAAGACGGGGAAGCUCCCGGGGGCGGGCGGGGGAGACGGGGGCUCCGUGGCUGCCGCGGCCUCGGCGCAGGAGGGGGCGGGCGGGGAUGCUGGGAGUGCGAGCUGA